AUGAACACUCACCGAUUUGACUCCUACAGCAGUGCAGAGCCAGGGCUGGACCUGCAGCCAUGGGAUCACAGCCUUCGCCUUCCAAUUCACCAGAACCUGUUCAAAGCAUCUCCUGAUGACCCAAAGACCAUGGCGCAAAGGCAAGAGCUAUCCCUGGUUACUCCAGGAUACCUCUUUUUAAACAGCCAGGGCGCCGGAGAACAUCAGGAAGACAACGGCGACAUGGAUCGGUCAAAGCGAUACAGCUCAAAGCCUAACUCUCUUGACCUCACAUUUCACCUUUUGAGGGAAUUCCUGGGAAUGGCCAAAGCUGAAAAAAUGGCCCAGAAAGCAGAGAGUAACAGGUUGUUUAUGGAAAGCAUAGGAAAAUGA